CACCGCCCCACAGCCGUGGCCCCGACCCGCCGCGCCGCCAGCGCUGGACCUCGCGGGAUGGCGGGCUACCUGCGGCUGACGCGCGCGCUCUGCAGGGCCCCGGGCUGCGCGCUCUGCGCCCCCGCCGCCCUCGCCACCCACGCGCAGCCGCGCCGCCACUACGCUGACAAGCGGAUCAAGGUGGCGAAGCCAGUGGUGGAGAUGGACGGUGACGAGAUGACCCGAAUCAUCUGGCAGUUCAUCAAGGAGAAGCUCAUCUUGCCUCAUGUGGAGGUUCAGCUCAAGUACUUCGAUCUGGGACUCCCCAACCGCGACCAGACCAAUGACCAGGUCACCAUCGACUCCGCCCUGGCCACUCAGAAGUACAGCGUGGCUGUCAAGUGUGCCACCAUCACCCCUGAUGAGGCCCGCGUGGAAGAGUUCAAGUUGAAGAAGAUGUGGAAGAGUCCCAAUGGAACGAUCCGGAACAUCCUUGGGGGGACUGUCUUCCGGGAGCCCAUCAUCUGUAAGAACAUCCCCCGCCUGGUCCCCGGCUGGACCAAGCCCAUCACCAUUGGCAGGCAUGCCCAUGGCGACCAGUACAAGUGCACAGACUUUGUGGUGGACCGUGCUGGCACAUUCAAGAUGGUCUUCACCCCGAAGGAUGGCAGCGGGGCCCAGGAGUGGGAGGUGUACAGCUUCCCCGGCGGUGGUGUGGGCCUGGGGAUGUACAACACCGAUGAGUCCAUCUCAGGCUUUGCACACAGCUGCUUCCAAUAUGCCAUCCAGAAGAAGUGGCCGCUGUACCUGAGCACCAAGAACACCAUCCUGAAAGCCUAUGACGGGCGCUUCAAGGACAUCUUCCAGGAGAUCUUUGAGAAGCACUACAAGACGGAUUUCAACAAGCACAAGAUCUGGUAUGAGCACCGGCUCAUUGACGACAUGGUGGCUCAGGUGCUCAAGUCUUCAGGCGGCUUCGUGUGGGCUUGUAAGAACUAUGAUGGGGACGUGCAGUCUGAUAUCCUGGCGCAAGGCUUUGGUUCCCUGGGCCUGAUGACGUCUGUGCUGGUCUGCCCAGAUGGAAAGACCAUCGAGGCAGAGGCUGCUCAUGGGACAGUCACCCGGCACUACCGGGAGCACCAGAAGGGCCGGCCCACCAGCACCAACCCCAUCGCCAGCAUCUUUGCCUGGACACGGGGCCUGGAGCACCGGGGAAAGCUAGACGGGAACCAGGACCUGGUCAGGUUUGCCCAGACCCUGGAGAAGGUGUGUGUAGACACAGUGGAGAGUGGAGCCAUGACCAAGGACCUGGCUGGCUGCAUCCAUGGCCUCAGCAAUGUGAAGCUGAAUGAGCACUUCCUGAACACUUCUGACUUCCUGGACACCAUCAAGAGCAACCUGGACAAGGCCCUGGGCCAGUAGUGCUGUGGGCAGUGUGCCCCAGGCUGUGGUCAACAGCUCGGACAACUUGGGGGGGGUGGACCUCAAGGCUCACUGGAGGCCUACCAGGGAAGGUUGUUGUAACCAAGAUGGUUUUUUACACUGUCUCCCUUCACAGAGUAAGGAGGCAGGGAGAGUGUGAUUUACCUCAGUGGGCAGUACAUCUUGCAUGCUGCCCUUUAUAUUGCCUUAGGAACACACGGUGCCAUUAUUUAGCUACUAAAACGCUCUUGAUAAAACGGA